AUGAAUCACCUCUCCUCCUCCUCCACUUGCCGCCGCAUCCGUUCUUUCGCCACCCUUCUCCUCAACCUCACCACCACCACCACCACCACCGCUGGAAGACUUUUCUCCACCCAAAUGACCCAAUCACGGCUAUCUUCGCCAAUAAACCAUCGAACGAAGUGGCCCCCACCAAAACCAAACCCAAAACCAUUCCAAUCUAAGUCCACCCAACCCCAGUUCCAAAACCCUAAAAGCCCUAAUUUCGACUCUUCCCCUGACUUCACCACCUUAUCUAACCUUCUUACCAAUCCUUCCCUUGAGCCCGACCCGGAGCUUGAAAAUGCCCUGAAUCAGGCCCGAGUCGAGCCUAGGCCGGAUUUGCUACUGCAGAUAUUCAACCAUUUUGAUUCUUCUCCUAAACCCUUGUACAUUUUCUACCUCUGGGCUGAGAAACAGCCGGGUUUUAAAUUCUCUCUGGCUGUUUUCAAUGCAUUGAUUAAUGUACUUGGGAAGGCCCGAGAGUUCAACCGGGCUUGGGCUUUAAUACAUGAUAAGAUUAAUGCUAGUGAAGAGAGGCCUAAUUUUGAUUCAUUUGUUAUUAUGAUCAGGAGAUUUGCAAGAGCAGGAUUGCCUUCACAAGCUAUUCAAACUUAUGAAUUUGCUUCCAAUUUGGCAUUUCGUCAGGCUUCAGAUUCAGAGCAGAAAUUGUUUGAGAUUUUAUUGGAUUCUUUAUGCAAGGAGGGACUUGUUAGGGUAGCUUACAAGUGUCUUAAAAAUCGAAGGGAACAGGAUACAAGCUGGGUUCCAUAUAUACGCAUUUACAAUAUACUGUUAAAUGGUUGGUUCCGAUCAAGGAAUUUAAAACAGGCUGAACGAUUUUGGAUGGAAAUGAAAAGGGAAAACAUUAAGCCGAGCAUUGUAACUUAUGGUACUCUUGUUGAAGGAUAUUGCCGGAUGGGCCAUGUUGAGGUAGCAAUGGGCUUAAUAGCUGAGAUGAAGAGGGAAGGAGUUGAGCCGAAUGCAAUUGUUUAUAAUCCAGUAAUUGAUGCUCUAGGAGAGGCUGGGAGGUUCAAGGAGGCACUGGGGAUGAUGGAACAGUUUUUGGUGUUGGUAUCUGGGCCAACUAUUUCGACCUAUAAUUCACUGGUUAAGGGUUUCUGUAAGGCUGGAGAUCUGGAAGGGGCAAGUAAGAUCAUCAAAAUGAUGAUAAAUAGAGGGUUUGUGCCAAGUGUAACGACUUAUAAUUAUUUCUUUAGGCACUUCUCAAAAUCAGGGAAGAUUGAUGAGGGCUUGAACCUUUACGCUAAGAUAACUGACUCUGGAUAUGCACCAGAUCGGCUUACUUAUCAUCUUCUGGUGAAGAUGUUAUGUGUGCAUGGAAAGUUGGACCUGUCAAUGCAAGUUGUUAAAGAGAUGAGGGCAAGUGGCUGUGAUCUGGACUUGGCUACAAGUACCAUGCUAAUCCAUUUGCUAGUCAAGACACAGCAUGUUGACAUGGCCUUUGAAGAAUUUGAGGAUAUGAUUCGCAGAGGAUUGGUCCCUCAGUACCUUACGUAUCAGAAGAUGAGUUUCGAAUUAAGGAAACAGGGAAAGCUAAAAAUGGCCCAGAAAAUUUCUGAUCUGAUGUCGUCUGUUCCUCACUCAAAGAAAUUGCCGAAUACAUAUGGUGCUCAUGAAGAACUAUCCCAUGCUAGAAAGAAAACUAUUAUGAAAAAAGCUGUAGUAAUGUCUGAUGUCUUAAAGACAUAUAGAAACCCAAGGAAGCUUGUGAAGCAUAGAUAUCUACCUAAGAGUGGUGUAUCACGUGCAGACAGGUGAUGGACGAUAUCAGGAAAAGAGUAAACAUGGAUUAAACCUGUCUUGUCCUGUUAAAUGAAUUCACUUCCUCAAAGGAUAUGUUAAGGAGGCUUAUUGAUAGUUUUCUUCUAAAGGAUGAGUGAGUCCACUAGGAGGCCUGAUGAAGUUCAAAGGUUUAGACUCACUGUCUUUUGCAGGGUCUUUCAUUGAUUGCUGGUAUUCCUUUAACAGUAAUUUGGAGAUUUAAAUGUGGAAAACUUGAACUCCACCACUGAAUUAUGCAGCAUUGGUUUGAUACUUGUUAGGCUUCGUGUAUAACAGGAUGCCUAAAGUAUACUAACAGUUUUUGAAUGCAAAGGAUUGGAUCGAGGUUCAGCUUCCUGGCCAAUAUGCAGUGCCCAUGUCAGUAAAUAAAUGCAAAAGAUUUCCUCGGUGGAGAUGAUAGGAGAUGAUUUGAGCCAAGUAUUACUUCCAUUUGAAACUAUAUUUGAUGCAUUGGUGGAACCUGGAUUAUGAAAAGUGUCACUAUGCCUUGUGACAAUACCCACCAUCUCCACCUAUAAUGUGCUUGUGAAGGGUCCUGCAAGGGCAGAAAUAUGCAGAGUACUAGCGAAACCUCAAGAUGAGAUGAAUAGAGGUUCUCUGCCUACUUACUGAAGGUUGCUUUCUGGGCAGACUAUCAUAAACUUGUUAGAUGUAGAAGAAAUGGUUUGACCAACUUUGGAAUUUUUGAUAGAGAUACAACUACAUGCAAUGUGAUUUAAUUUGCCUACUGGAAUCAUGGGGAUUUUUUUCCCUGGAGAGCAAUUAAUUUGAGGAAACCGUUGCAGCACUUGAAGAUGUAAUACCAAUUGAAGGUAUUCCUCAGUGAGUGAAGUAUCUGUCAGUAACAAGUUGUCAACUUUGUUUGGACUUAGGAUGGUAUCUGUUCUCUCUCUUCAUUGCUAGGAAAUACACUCUUCACUUGCAAUUUGAAAAAUGAUAAUGCAGAUAGCUGAAACAUUGCGCGACAUAACAAGGUCACGAGGUUUGAGGGUGGAAAAAUAAUCAGUAGUUUCUCAACUCUCUGUUGUUUGCUUACAUGUAAUUUUUAGUGUUAGUUCCCUUCAACCAUGGUUUACUAUUAGUGCAAUGAAGUUGGUUUUAAUGUCUUGGAUCUAGGGCUUUUGUCCCUUUUUCUUUCCAGACACGAACUGAAUAGACUAGUUUCAGCAUAGACCUGAUGUUGUAUUUGAAAGCACAUGUUGUAUAGUUGCAGUGAUCCUUGACAACGUGCCUCCAGAGUUGAGGAAAGACGCAUUUUGCCA